CUCGCUCUCGCUCUCGCUCUCGCUCUCUUUCCCUUUUAAACACUCUGGCAUAAUACUGAAUGACUUUGUUUUUAAGCUGCCUUAGCCUUGCUUUGUGAAGAAAAAGCCUGAGUACUCUUUCCCUGUAGGACACAAGUGUUAUUUUUGGAGCAGAGGUUCUUAGCCUGAUCUCUGUCUAAACCAAUUUCUGUUCUUUGUGAGGUCGUGGUCUGGGGCGGCUCUGAGCGAUCUCCGUGGAGGGAAGCUUCCUGGCUUCGUGAGGGAGUAUUGGCAAAGAUGUCGAGGGGCCACGCCUGAAACUGCGCUGCUCUGGGUCUCAACACAGAAGAGGCUCGUUCACAUUCGGAUUCCACUCAUUAGAUUGUGCCCUUGGAACAGUUGCAACCACAUGUGGUGAAGCGGUGUUCUUUUUCUGCUUAUGUCACUUCAUGGGAUGUUUUGGGCCAAGAUGACCCCCCCCCCUUUUUUUUAACCCAGUACUUUAAGUCUCAGACUCCUGGGAACUAGGAAAGCCAUAACUGGAUGAUCUCUGCGGACUGUUCGGGGUGCAACUGACUGUGGGAAAGCCACGGUCCACUCUGAGGGCCGCAACAUGAGUCCCCGAGGGCCUCUGGGAACAUGUCUCAGGACUCAAAGUUCAGAGCAUCCCCUUCUGUAACCUGCUCUGUGUUGGGCUGCUAGACACGGAAGAAAACCUCCCCUACCCCUCACAGUUCCUCUACCUGACUGACCUGGCAUUUCCUGGGAGUUUACCUAGCUUGAGCCUGGAAGGAAAUGUGUAAAAUUAGAAGGAGUUUAAUAAAAUAAUGCUGUCGGCAACAAAUAGUAUACCACCUUAUAAUGACUCCUUUCCUUUGGAAAGUGGUAACUGUGUAUUCAGGAAGCAGGUAUGUGUGUCCCCACGAUGAACAAGUGGCCUUCACAGGUGUUUCUGGCUGCUUUCUUCUUGGUGGAUGGGAGCAUGACCUGUGAUAUGCCCUUCUCUGGCCGGCUAUACAUAGCCAGCAAAGCUUCUUACAAGAGAAACCUCUUUCUGUACCCUCCGCCAGUGCUACCCGUGGACUAGAAGACUCCCUGUAAAUCCUCUGGAAGCUACUGAACCUUGCAAGGGAAACCAUCCAGCUGGCCCCCAGACGUACUGAGUCCCCACCGCAGCUGUCCAUCCUUCCUUUUCUUUUCCUGGGAGCACACCUUGUGCUCAGCCAUGGUCGACAUGGGGGGCCUGGACAACCUGAUUGCCAACACAGCCUACCUGCAGGCCCGGAAGACCUUGGAUGGAGACAGCAAGGAGCUACAGAGGCGACGCCGGAGUCUGGUGCUGCCCGGGCCACAGUCCUGCACCCAGCUCCGCCAGUCCCUGCCCCAGGACUUCAACAACCUGUGCGAGCAGCAGCCCAUUGGCCGCCGCCUCUUCCGGGACUUCCUAGCCACAAUGCCCCCAUACCAAGAGGCCGUGGCCUUCCUUGAGGAGGUGCAGAGUUGGGAGCUGGCUGAGGAGGGUCCUGUCAAGGGCAGCAUGCUGCAGGGGCUAGUGGCCACUUGUGUGGCUGCUUCUGCUCCAGGGCACCCACAUCCCUUCCUCAGCCCAGCUCUGGCCACCAAGUGCCAAGCAGCCACCACCGAGGAAGAUCAGAUAGCCCUGGUGGCACAGGCCAAGGCUGAGGUCAUGGCCUUCUUGCAGGACCAGCCCUUCCGGGAUUUCCUGGCCAGCCCCUUCUAUGACAAGUUUCUGCAGUGGAAGGUCUUUGAGAUGCAACCGGUGUCGGACAAGUACUUCGAUGAGUUCCGAGUUCUGGGGAAAGGUGGUUUUGGGGAGGUAUGUGCUGUCCAGGUAAGAAACACUGGUAAGAUGUAUGCCUGUAAGAAACUGGACAAGAAGCGGCUGAAGAAGAAAAAUGGUGAGAAAAUGGCUCUUUCAGAAAAGGAAAUCUUGGAAAAGGUCAGCAGUCCUUUCAUCGUCUCUCUGGCCUAUGCCUUUGAAACCAAGUCCCAUCUCUGCCUGGUCAUGAGCCUGAUGAAUGGGGGAGACCUCAAGUUCCACAUCUACAGUGUGGGUACACGGGGCCUGGACAUGAGCAGGGUGGUCUUCUACUCGGCCCAGAUGACCUGUGGAGUGCUGCACCUCCACUCACUCGGUAUUGUCUACCGGGACAUGAAGCCGGAGAAUGUGCUUCUGGAUGACCUCGGCAACUGCAGGCUGUCUGACCUAGGGCUGGCCGUGCAGAUCCAGGAUGACAAGCCUGUCACACAGAGGGCUGGAACCAAUGGUUAUAUGGCUCCUGAAAUCCUAAUGGAAAAAGUGAGUUAUUCCUAUCCUGUGGACUGGUUUGCAAUGGGAUGCAGUAUUUAUGAAAUGGUUGCUGGACGAACACCAUUCAAAGAUUACAAGGAAAAAGUCAGUAAAGAGGAUUUAAAGCAAAGAACCCUGCAAGAAGAGGUCAGAUUCCAACAUGAUAACUUCACGGAGGAAGCAAAAGAUAUUUGCAGACUCUUCUUGGCUAAGAAACCAGAACAACGUUUGGGAAGCAGAGAGAAGUCUGAUGAUCCCAGGCAACACCCUUUCUUCAAAACCAUCAAUUUUGCUCGCCUGGAAGCUGGCCUAGUUGAGCCCCCAUUUGUGCCAGACCCUUCCGUGGUUUAUGCCAAAGACAUCGCUGAAAUUGAAGAUUUCUCUGAGGUUCGGGGAAUUGAAUUUGAUGAUAAAGAUAAGACGUUCUUCCAAAGAUUUGCAACAGGUGCUGUCCCCAUAGCAUGGCAGGAAGAAAUUAUAGAAACGGGACUGUUUGAAGAAUUGAAUGACCCCAACAGGCUUGCAGGUUGUGGGGAUGGUAAUUCAUCCAAGUCUGGUGUGUGUUUGUUAUUAUAAGUUGUUCUCUCUACCAGAUGGGCAGCAGGAAUUUCAGCUGACAUAAUCCUUGAAUGUUCCUAACACAUGAAAAUCUGUUGAAUGAGGACUGAUCAAUCAGGAGGGGCAUUUCAACCAUAGAACAGUUCAAAGGACAGGUGAGCUCACCACUAGGACACAUUUUUCUUUUGCCUUCCUUCCUCCCUCCCUCCCUCCCACCCUUCCUUCCCUCCUCUCUCUCCCUCCAUCUCUUUCUUCUUUCUCUUUUUUUCAUAAAGAUGAGUCAAGUAAAGUUUCAGUUUUCACCAAGGGCUGGGAAAAGGAACAGUCAGGUUUAUUUUGAUAAACUAAAAGCAUGAGCCCUCCAGCAUCAUGUCCCUGAAAAUGACACAAAGUCCUAGGAAUAGAGAUUGGAACUUUGUGGUGUACUCAGUAAAUGAGCAUUUGCAAUUCUUAGUAAAUAAUCAUUUUAGUUUUUCUUUGUUUAUAUCCCUUCUUCUCUUCUUCUUUCAGUAUUUCUUCUGCUUCUGUACUUAUAAAAAAGAUUUGGAAGCUGGAAAUAAAUGUUCCUGAUAUUCUCCCCCUGAAAAAGAGUGGAUUGUAGUGUUUGGGCAAUAUUUUAAAUUACAGAAAAAAUUUUAACUUACUGAAAGUCUCUUAUUCAUAUUUUUGAAAUAUUUUGCCAUUGUAAUGUUGAAGUAUUUUAAAUGUAAACAUACAUGAGACCUGCGAAUUUAAAGUAUUCCGUAAGUCGAGUCCUUUAGGGAACAUGCUACAAAUUGCUUAUGUGUAGUUUUUCACAUCCCAUUGGUUCCCAAACUUUGCUAAACUUUGGAAUCACCUAGUGAUCUUUUAAAAAUACUAAUGUCUGACUCUCAGCCCUAGAUUUUAUUUGAUCUGGGGUGCAGCCUGGGCAUCUAGAUUUUCAAAAGCUCCCCAAGUGCUUCUGAUGUGAGGCAAGUUUGAGAACCAUGGCCACGUAGGCUUAAAUGCUGUUAUAUAUGGACUCUUGUUUUGGUUGCUCAAAGCUUCAAUUACACAUUUGACAGCAACUUUUCAAAUACCCAGAAAACAUGUAAUUUUGGCAGUUGCAGUAUAUAUGAGACCAAAGAUAAUCUGGAUUCAUCUUGUAUAUUCUCUUGUCCUUGUACACUUUCGUUCUUCACACGUACCUCCAGAAGUAGAUCUCUUGGCUAUUUCAAGACCUGAAGAAAUACCGACUCGGAAACUGAUUUGAACAAAUUGUAGCUCUCGGUUCAAGUGGCUGCCCAGCCAGCAUUGUAUUGUAGAAUUAGCACUUCUCAAAAGCACAGCCAAAGUGAAAAUUCUAAGGGUGCAAAAAAAUAUUUUGGACCCAAGCAUAAACCUGAGGUGAUUAUACUUAAAGAAAAAAAAAAAGAGGGGCGCCUGGCUGCCCCACUUGAUAGAGCAUGUGACUCCUGAUCUCAGGGUUGUGAGUUCAAGCCUCAUGUUGGGUUUAGAGCCAAACAGAGUACAGAAAGAAUAAAAUACAAAAAGAGUAAAAAUAAAAUGAAAUUUUUAAAAAGGAACAAAAAAGAUAUAUGUGUGCAUAAGAAAAUCUCACUUGUCCCGGUGGUGAGAGACCUGGCUGAAAUCAAUUUAAAAAUUUUGUCCCUUGAGUAAGGGAGCCAAGAGUUGCAGAAACACUGGCCAAAAAAUAUUUGGUUGACUGGAAUCCAGCUAACAGUCAUGCUCGACUGCAAGACAACAUUAGGCAUAUCCAAACGAGUAGUAAGAAAUCGGCUUGGACUUGAGUCCUGGGUUAGUGCAUCUGCCACUCACCCUUCUGCUCGUUCUCUAUCCUCAGCAAGCUCUUGAUGCUCCAAAUCCUGCCCUGGAGACACCGCAGAGUCCUGAGUCAUCAAAGCAGAUACAGGUGUGUCCAGCAAAUUCUUUUUCCUAAGGCAAGAAAGUAGAUUACAAUUUGAUAAGAUUCCGAAUAAGUCUAUUUUAACAAAAGACAAAUUCACAACUAACAGAAAUCCAAUUCACCAGAGCAUUCCAAGACUAGAGGUCUUAGGGUUUAGCCUUAUAAUUAGACAUUGAAAAGUCAUGUCAUAUUGCAUUGGUUCCUCAAUGUGAAUGUCUGCUUCUUUUGAUAAACUUAGAACUAAGUCAGGAAAGUAACUGAAUAAGAUAGCUGUUUUCAAACAAUCACCAAGUAAAUAUGUGUUGAGCUCUAGUUCACACUGAGCCCUAUCCUGGGCAUUUGGGGGAUACCACAGAGAAUUAAGACAACUGUCUAAGAGAGGCUAUAUGGUGUGGUGUAGAACACAUAUUCCUGUCAGUGUUACUAUUCACAUUUUAAAUGAGAAACUGAAGCUCAUUGAUGUUCUGUAGCUUAUCUCAGGUCACACCGCUUUCCAGCAUUGUUGCACAGACUGGAAAUAAUGUAUAUGAAGCACAUAGCACAUGACUGCAUAUAGUAGGGGCAUAAUAAAUUGAAGACUAUAGUCAGUAAGUAGCAGCUGGUCAAAUGACCCUAGAUCAGGGAACAAAGAACUAAACCUGGCUACCUUGAUUAAAAGUUCCAAAGGAGGUGAGAGAAGGAAGAGAGCUGGGUCCUGGGGAACGGUUUAAAAGGAAAGUUUUUAUGCACAAUGAAAGAAAAACCUACUUAGAAUGAGUGGAGACAUUGGAGUCCAUCCCAGGCCCCAUCCUUACCACAUGCCAGGUGCAGGACCCACCUGGGCCACGUCAGAGUUGCAAAGCGGUCUGUGCAGGUCAUGGGUGGGAUUCAGGUACAGACUUAAGGAAGACAAAACCUGAUGUCUCAUCAAAGGAAGAAAGUGAUUUUUGAAAGGGGAUGAUGCUUGCUUAUUUUCCAAAAGUUAAAAUGAGCUUACAUUUUUAUAUAAAAGUUUCAUAAACAUAAUGAAGUAUCAGGGGAAACAAACACAUAUGAGUGAAAUAUGCAAAGAAGGACCAGAGAGGUCAUUUUUAUUCUUCCAGUUUGUCAGGGAUUAUUUGGAAUGUUUGUUUCCUACAGGAGGAGAUGGGUCUAAAGUAGAUGGAUAAACUGCUUAAAGGGACGUAGAGCUGCCCUCAAAGCAGAAGGUAUGGAUGAGGUUUUCAUAGAAAACAGUGAUGAAUUAUUGAGUUUAAGACUUCAAGCCACAAAGAAUUAAAAAAUAUUCCCGAGUGUUUAUUUAGAAUAUCAAAUUUAAGAUGUUUCAUUUAGGUGACAAGCAUGGAUUGGAAAUUCAACAAAUUGGGCUUUUUAGGAAUUGCAGGUCUUGAAAUCCUGAAAGUCUAUCAGAUCGAUUUUUAAAGUUUAUUAUAUUGUAUAUAUCAUUAGGGCAGUUUAAUAAUAAGACUUAAUUUAUAUAAAUUGUCUGGACACGAAAACUAGUGAAAAUACAUAAUCCUUGCUUCUUAAACAGUUGGUUCUGGGCACUUUUAAGUCUUCCAAUUUUUUUUAAUGAUAUAAGGAAAAAAUCAGAUACAAGCAUUUUUGAGGGGGAGGAGGUUGCCUGGAAGACUUAUCAGAUUAGCCAUUAACCAUUUUGAUUAUCAAAAAAUUUUUCAAAGACUGAGUUUUCCUGGAUUGUCUAGGAAAAAGAAUUGCAGUCAUGUAGGUUUAGUUAUUGUUUCAAUAAAUAUUGCUACCUGCCAUGUGCCAGGCUCCAUUUUGGUUUGGGGAGAGAUGCUUGGUUUUCUCCCUUUAGGAUUUUCAGAUCAGAAAGUAUUUUUGUUCCCUCUGUGUGUCAGUAAACUUUUAUAUCUCUUUGGGUAGAGGUGAAUUUUGUUCUUUCUGCUUUUUCUCAAGUUUUCUGCACUGAACAUGUAUUUAUUUUAAAAAUCAGGGAACCGUAUAUUAUUUAAAGCAAGGCAGGGCCCAUCACAGUUAGAUCUGGGUAUGUGGGGCAUGUCCAGGCUGGCUCUGGCAAUAAUCAGUCCCUGAGAACCCCUUUCUGGCCAAAGGGUAUUAGCCUGGGUCCUGGGAGUAAGGCUAGGAUGUCCAGUCUAAACCAGCAGAAUAUCCCUGGACAGAGCCAGCAAUUGGUCCCUAAGGCUGGGGCCUGAUUAUUUGUUCCGCAAUCCAGAGUAUGAGCUGUGGUGGUCUGUGGUGAAAGUUUUACCAAACCCCAGAGAAGAAAAGCAAGUACAAGGCAACAAAGUUUCUCAUGCAGGAUUCACUUCAAAAUAUCUUCUUAGGAAGCAGUUGAUAUUUGACAAAAGUAAGAUUGGAGACCUCUGACCCUCCCUCAAAAUUUUUAUGAAAUUUUACUGACCUGUGAGAUCUCAAAUGCUGGGAACCCCUGGACUGGAUGACCUUGAAGGGCACUCCAAUUGUAGGGAAGUAUUUGUGCUUCAGUGGAAAACGAAUGCAUUGCCUAGAGGAGCAUAUGCAAACUUUUUCUGUAAAAGACCAGAAAGAAUCUUUCUUAUUUCUUAGACUUUGCAGAAGGCAACUACUUACCUCUGCCUUUGUAAUGGGAAAACAGCCAUAGCUGAUGUGUGAAGGACUGAGUAUGGCUGGGUGCCAGUAAAGUUUUAUUUACAAAAAACAGGUGGUAGGUAGUACUAGAUUUGACCCACAAGUAGUAAUUUACUGUUCCUAGUCAAAAAUUAUCUUGUUAUCAAACUGACUAGGUUAUCUGAUUCUGAAGGAGCUAUUUUACAAUUCUAUAAACUGUAGAUAAUUAAUGGGAAUGCAAAUGCGUAUAGACACGCAAAUGACCCUCCCCCACUGCAUUAGUCAGUCAGGGCUAUGAUACCAAAGGAUUGCAGACUAGGCGGUUUAAACAACAGAAACUUAUUAUCUCAAUGUUCUGGAGGCUCCAAGUCCAAGAUGAAGGUGUGAGUGGGGUUGAUUUCCUUUAAGCCUCUCUCCUUGACUUCUAGAUGACUACCUUCUCCUGUCUGCCAUGAUCUUCCUUCUGUGUAUCUCUGUGUCUUAAUUUCUUCCUAUAAGGACACCAGUCAUAUUGGAUUAGGGCCCAUCCCAGUGACCUUAUUUAAUUUAAUCAUCUCUUUAAAGACCCUACCUCCAAAUACAGCCACAGUCCCAGGUACCUGGGGGUUAGGACUUUAACAUACGAAUUUUGAGAGAUACAACUCAGUCCAGUAUCAGUACCCCCUAAACCAGUUUUAUGUUAAUUUGCUCAUUCAUUUCAACAUUCCUUUGCUGCAUAUAGGUUUAUGGUCUUUAUUACUUUUUUCAACUGGUUGUAACCCCAGUUUUCUCAUGAAUGAGUUAAAUAAAAAUCUUUAACAUGUGUUCAUUUUUAUUUCGCUA